AUGAUGCAGCUACACCUACUACUAUUUCCAUCAACGAUUCUAACAUUCUUUUUCUGGUUUUUAAAUCCAGUCUUGGCAUCCCCAGGAGAUGACUUGUAUGCAUUUACGGACUGUGUUUACCAGUGCGAACAAAUAACGUGCUAUAAUAACCACUACUACAUUGAACAGUACGAACGAAGACAAGAAUUGCUAGAUCAAGGCUAUGAAUUGAAUUACUACAACCCGACUUGGCAAUUUGUCGAGAUGCCCUUGCCGUGGCAUUUACGAUUACUAGGAUGGACGUGUGAGCUGAAUUGUGAUUAUCAAUGUACGCGAGUGAUUACCAAUGAGAGGAAAAAACACGAAGAGGAGAUUUACCAGUUUCAUGGAAAAUGGCCAUUCUUGCGUGUUUGUGGAGUGCAAGAGUUGAUGAGUGUUUUGAUGUCGUUGGGCAACUUGAUUGUAAAUUAUCGAUAUGGGUUUAGGAAGAUCUGCCCAAUUAUAACAGAUAAGAGUUUACCAUAUUCGCUUCGAAAACAGUACCUUCACACAUUUGUGGUCGUAAUAAUUACCAUGCUUGCUUGGACAGCAUCAGCAAUUUUCCAUACACGAGACUACCCAGUUACUGAACAUUUGGACUAUUAUUUAGCGGGAGCGACAAUCUUGUCCACCUUCCAUGCGUUGGGCUCAAGAGAGUUUUCAUUGCACAAACGUGAAAAUCAAAUUUACCAAUGGGCAUUUUCCACAUUGUGCAUCUCGGCAUAUGUUUACCACGUUCAGCGAUUGUACCGAGACUGGUCGUAUACUUACAACAUGAGAGCCAAUUUGACUCUUGGCGUUUUCCAAAAUAUAUUUUAUUGCCUAAUUGUAUUCAAGCUAUAUUCGCGAUACUAUUACCUUGAACAAAGCACGAAACAAACUAAUCAAAAUCACUUGAAGUACAUCGAUUUCAAAAGAAUUCUUUUACCCAGUUUCUACUCCGCGAGUGCGAAACUUUACGCAUUGUACCCGUUGUUGUUGUGCACUAUAGUUGUGUUGGGGUCUUUAUUGGAGAUUUUUGAUUUUCCGCCAAUCUGUUACGAUUUGGUCGAUGCCCAUAGUUUAUGGCAUUUGGUUACCAUCAUACCUCCUUAUAUGGGCUGGUAUGAUUGGUUGGUGUGGGACAUUAACGAGAACGUAUGGCCAGACGUGUUGGAGGAGGAAGAGACAACCGGAAGGAAAAAAGCCGAGUAG